GGGCGGCCGUUUGGGGCACUACCACACUGAGGCCCGAGAGCAGGACCAGCCAUCGGCGUGAGGAUGCAGAAGACGGAGAGAAAACGGGAGCACUAAGACCCAGGGGGAGUGGAGGACUGCAGCAACGGGCCGGAGGAGGAGGCGCUGGAGGGUGGGAGCCAUCUGGUACCUUGGUCGCCUUCGAAACAGCAUCUUCUCCAGCGACAAAAAUGGCCAGUCAGUCCCAGGGUAUCCAGCAGCUCCUCCAAGCUGAGAAGCGGGCAGCGGAGAAGGUGGCCGAUGCCAGGAAGAGGAAGGCCCGGCGACUGAAGCAAGCCAAGGAGGAGGCUCAAAUGGAGGUGGAGCAGUACCGCAGGGAGCGUGAGCAGGAGUUCCAGAGCAAGCAGCAGGCGGCCAUGGGCUCUCAGGGGAACCUGUCUGCUGAAGUGGAACAGGCCACCAGACGUCAGGUUCAGGGCAUGCAGAGCUCCCAGCAAAGAAAUCGGGAGCGUGUCCUGGCUCAGCUUCUUGGUAUGGUCUGUGAUGUCAGGCCCCAGGUCCACCCCAACUACCGGAUUACUGUCUAGGACCACUCCUUAGGGACAUGUCCCUGGAGUCUGACUCCCCUGCCAGCUCCUUCCACAGAGAAAUAUCCCAACUCAGAAUCACUUGUGUAAGCAUGCACAGAGUCCUGUGUUCAAUCCCUAGUACCACCCCCCAAAAAAAUCACUUCACAUAAUAACCUGUUCUAGGAGAGAGACUUCUAGGUAACAGGACCCAAUAUUCUCCCGUGAGACUUACAAACAGCAUACUCAAACCUGAACCUGUGUUCCAUGACACCCACUGGAACUAUACUAACGAAUGCCCAAGUCGUCCUCAUCUGAUCCUUCUGUGAAACGUGUCAUGGUGGCAGGGGUGUGGAAAGCACCCUGACUUCAGAGCUGGCAGAUUUGGGUUCCUCUCCCUCCCCUGCUCCUUGCUGGCUGGGAGACUGAGACAAGUUUAACCUGGAAGCCUCCAUGUCCUCUGUUUGUCACGGCGAUGAUAAUAAUAAUGCUUAUCUCCUAUGGUGGCUGCUGUGACCUGUCCUGUAAGAAUUCAACAUAGUUCAGAUGGGUGGUAGUUGUGACUUGAUAAAUGGCAAGCCCAUAUUAUGGCCACCCCCUGCUUGCCUGCCGGAACCCUAAUACUCUGUCUCCUGACUUUUAUUCGCGGCACUCUAUAAUGCUCAGUCAUUGUGACUCUAUUGAUUCUCUAAAGAGUUUGUUUUUCCUGUUCUCCGAAGGCACAUCAUGACCCCUGAAAAGUUGAAAUGAUAAUGUCAUUUAGCCCCUCCCUCUCUCUCUCAGGGUCCCAAGUAUAUGAACCUCUUAGCGUCUCUCUCUGUUCCUAGUGAGCUGGUCUGUCCCUUUGUUGGCUCUCCCUCUUUGCUGUUUCCCAAGGCUUACAGCUCCCAGAGCUGAAGUGACGCUGUGGCAUCCACAUUCAUGGAUUCCUUUCCGUGCCUCAACACCUUGCUUCCCCAUGUAACAGCAGAGUGUCAAUAAAAUGCCCAUGACGAGUCA